UUGAGUUUAUAUUGAAGUAUAUAACUCAAAUGAUAGUGAAAACUCAAAAAGUAAAGAGCUUUUGAUUUUGGAGCCAUUUUUUGAAUCAAAAUUCAAAAUGGAAAUUGAAAAACAAAACUCAUUCUGCAAACAAAUCCCCAAUAUCUUUUCUUCAUUCGUUGACACUUUCGUUGACUUUUCAGUCAGCGGCCUCUUCCUCCUCCCACCGCCGUCAUCUCCGCCGCCUCCGCCUCCCACUCGUCUCCCCUCCCCGCACCGUCUCAUCGCCAUCGGAGACCUCCAUGGCGACCUCAAGAAGUCCAAAGAUGCUCUCCGCAUCGCCGGCGUCAUCGACGCCUCCGGCCGCUACACCGGCGGCUCAUCCACCGUCGUUCAAAUCGGCGACAUCAUGGAUCGAGGCAACGACGAGAUCAAGAUCCUCUACCUGAUGGAAAAACUGAAACGCGAAGCCGCGCGUUGUGGCGGGAGAUUCGUCACCAUGAACGGUAACCACGAGAUCUUGAACGUGGAAGGAGAUUUCCGGUACGCGACGAGAAGUGGCCUCAAGGAGUUUAAGAAUUGGUUGUAUUGGUUCCGUCAAGGUAACAAGAUGAAGAGACUCUGCAAGCGUUUGGAACCGGUGAAAGAUCCGUUGGACGGCGUUCGCGUCGAGUUUCGUGGCGUGAGGAAGAAGUAUCACGAUGGUUUUAGGGCUAGGGUUGCGGCAUUGAGGCGGAACGGUCCGAUUUCGGGAAGAUUCUUUUCGCAGAACGCUACCGUUUUGGUAGUUGGAGAUUCGGUUUUUGUUCAUGGUGGUUUGUUGAAACAACAUGUUGAUUAUGGUUUGGAGAAGAUUAACAGAGAAGUUAGUGACUGGUUUAAGGGUUUGUAUGGUCAACGAUUGUCGCCGUGGUAUUGCCGUGCGGAUGAAGGGGUUGUUUGGCUGAGGAAAUUCUCUGAAGGGAAAUGUGAUUGUUCGAGUCUCGAUCGUGUUUUGUCUACAAUUCCUGGCGCUAAGAGGAUGAUUAUGGGGCAUACGAUUCAGACCGGAGGGAUUAACAGUGUUUGCGGAAAGAAGGCUAUUCGGAUCGAUGUUGGUAUGUCGAAAGGGUGUGGUGGUGGUUUGCCUGAGGUUUUGGAGAUUGAUAGGAAUGCAGGGAUGAGGAUAUUGACAUCAGAUAUGUUGUAUAAGGCUGUUCGGAUCGAUGUUGGUGAUGUUAUGAUGGAGGAAAAAGGGUUUCGGAUGUUGCUUGAUAAUCAACAUGAUGGACCUAAGCAAAUUGAAGGUAAGGCUUAGAGUCUUUGUUUAGUUGUAGGAAUCGAAUUCGAUAUUCUAGGGUUUACGACAUUUGCAGAAACGGUGACAAUGCGCGCCAACCAUUUGUACUAGAUAUAGGGCUUCAAGGCUUUUAACUAAUGUGUUAGUUUCAAGUUUGAAAUUGUAUAGAUUCUUAAGGCAAAUGAUGCAAUAAUGGUUUCAUAUUCUUGUGCAAUAAAGGUUUCUCAUUUUUGUGCA